AUGCAGCCAACCCCCAUCCUCCAACGCGCCAUCAAGCGUCUAGCCCUCACAACCAAACAAGGCCCGCACAACUACUACAAGGGUAACCGUACAGGCGCCAUGGGCCAGCAUACCAAGUACGGUGGCUAUAGGAUCGCAUGGGAGAAGGUGCGGACCUAUGUCUGUCCUGAUCUGACCGACUUCAAUCUGACCCCGUUCGUCGCGAGACGCAUCGAGAAGAGGAGGGAUACCUUUGCGCAUACGGAGACGGGGAGUCCGAUGGAUGGGAAGGAGUAUUUGAGGCGGUGGAAGGAGGAAGGGGGAAUCAUUUGA